CUGGACUACUAGUGUCAUACUCCUGGUCUAGUAUCAGACUCCUGGUCUAGUGAAGACUCCUGGUCUAGUAUCAGACUCCUGGUCUAGUUUCAGACACCCUAACCCUAGAACAAAUAGUGAGACAUGAACAUUAUAAUUUCUCAAAGUUCAAGUUGAGACCUUCGGAUUUCUUGAUUUGUCAGAUCAACAGUUCAACACCUGAAGAAGUUCCCUUCACACUGAUAUAAAACAAAGCGGAUCACGUUGCAGCCCACGUCUUCUUAUCUAAAUCAGGAUUGUCACAUAACGUACAAAACAUGAUGAGUUGGGAACGGAGGACUCAGAUUACUGUAACGACACCUAUGUCUUCAUUGUAGUUAAUUAUACAGGUGUGUGUGAUUAGUGGGGUCAUUGCAUGUUCUCCUAAGUGCUGUGGGAACGUGUAGUCCAGGUCCGUGGGACGUUUUCCUGCGUCUCCCUUCAGGAAUGCUCGGCCGUGUGUUUUCUGAGGCCGACUUCAGGUUGAGACCCUGUUCCCGUCCUUACUAAAGGCUCAGGAAUGUCAUUAAUCUGUGUGGGUGUGCAGCAGCAGUCGGCUCAGUAUAGCCACUGACUGGAUGUGCAGUUCAGCUCAGGGUUUCUCUGCACAGCUAGAUUAAUAUUGACUGUACCGCAAUAUGUAUUAAGAUUCAUGUUUGUGUACUUAUUAGGUACAUUUGUACAAUCUCAUGUAGUCCAAUGAUAAUAACUGCUGUAUCUGUAAAGUUUAGACAAGUUUUUCAAUUGACACUUUUCUUUGUUUUAUAUCUUUUUUAAUUGAAUAUUUUCGGACAAAACAAGCAUUUUGUAGACAUUACUGUGGGAAAAUUGUGAUUGGUAUUUCUUUUGUACUAUUAUUAUUUCUGAUAUUUUCGAGCCAAACUAGAGCUGCAACGAAUGUCCAUUAGUGAUUCAUCUUCCAAUUAUUUUCCCAAUUAAUUGUUUGGCCUUGAAUUUAGAAUGUCAGCAAAUGGCAAAAAAUAACUUUUCUUAUCUUAAAAAUGUAAAAUAUGUUUUUAUUGUCUCCAAUUUUGCUCAUGCGGUGGCGCUCCUUAAGCUGCAAUCAACUUCAAACAAUAGAAAGCCAACAAGGCGGUACAGUAGUACACCAACGACUAAAACAGAUGUGUGAAAUAUUGCACAUGCCAUGAGAUAAAAUAAAUAAAUACUUAAGCAUUAUGAAUAUUAGGAAAUAAAAAGCAUACAGAUGUCUUGUUUAGUCAGACUCACAGUGAAAGAUAUUCAGUUGACUGUUAUAGAGGACUGAAAAACACAACGAUAUUCACAUCUGAGGAGCGUAUAGUCGUGAUUUUUUGCUUUAAAAAUGACGUGAAUGAUUAAUCGAUUAUCCAAAUAUUUUGAGAUUAAUUCAGUCGAUCGACUAAAAGCAUCCGGACGGUUGUAUCUGCGUCAUGUGUGUUUUAUCGGCCGUAUCUUCUGAUGAAGUUUGGAACUUGAGACCUUCCCUCUUCCCUCUGUUCGGCCAUGUUGAGUCUCUGCUGGUACUCGUCCUGUUCACUUGAUUCAUUCGUUGAACUUGCAUUCAGCUCCGUGUUGUUGCUUCGCGGCGUCGCCUCUCAAGUGGUCUUUCUUAACUUCCUGUGUGCUGUGGCGGUUCUUGUAUGACUAAGUUGUUGUUUUUGCUGCUGAGAAGAAAAAAAGCAAGAGAGAGAGAUUGUUUCAGAUAGACGACAGAAGAAAAGUGACAGCUCACACGCUUUCUCCUAAAUCACAAAAGAUUUCCACGAGAUCCUCAGAACAUCAGAAAUCAGCAGUUUGCUCUGUUGUUUUGUGUUUUUAUGACAUGUCGUAUGUAGUGGAGAGUGUGUGUGGGUGUGACAGACUCAUAUAUAUAUAUUAGCCACAGGGCACACAUGCUCAUCAGGAUAUCAGAGCACAUGAAAUGUCACACAACUCUCAGUGUGGAGGGCAGUUCUGUGCUGUUUUUGACCCAAUUAGAGAAGAUCUUAUUUGUCCUUAUUCUGCUUUUUAUUGAUUCUUCUUUAGAGUAAAACCUGAGUUCAUCGUGACAGGCGUAGAAACAUAGUGCUGUCCACAGUCGAUCAUCAAAAGCAUAAUAAGCGAACGUGUUAUCCUUUAAUCUAGUCAGAGGGAAGAGCAAGAAGCCCUGUUGGAGGGAGGGGGGGGUGAAAUUUGGGGAAGUGGAGAUACAUUUCCCAUAAGUCCUUGUCAUUAAGCUCCUCCCUCCUCCCCAGGCUUGGCUGAGAGCCAGCAUUGAGCAGAGCAGGAGCGACGGAGUCGUGAGACGUGAAGGACAAGGCGGACAAACAGCUAGUUUUACUGAUGUAGAGGACCGGUUUGUUAUACACAGGAAAGAGAGAGAGAGAGAGAGAGAGAGAGAACAGCUCAGACUGUCAUCUGUCGGUACGUCUACACGCCCCUCUGCCUCACACACACACACACACACACACACACACAGAGUUGUUUUUGUGGUUGUGUUUAUCUCAGUGGGUUUUUUUCUCUACUUCCUUUCCACGUAAAGUCCUCUGGGUGUGGUGUUACGCUGGGCUUUCUGAGCACCGGCAGCACCUUAAGAAGGAAGUGACAGUUGAACUGCUUUAUCACGGUAAUAUAUCUUGCAGUGCGUGAAGUCGGCACACACCAGGUAAUGGCACCACGAAAUGGCUUUCAUUGAAAUGUGACUACGGUUUGAUGUCAGAUCCUCUUUACUUGUCGUGCUGUAUCCAGCAGAUGAAAUGGCGGUGAGGCAAAGGAUCUUCAACUCGACAGCACCGUUCUCCGGGUCGUCCCAGGCCGAGAUGAAGGGGUCUUACCCGUCCUGCUCGGCUGCGGAGCAGGAGGCGGAGGAGGAGGAGGAGGAGGAGGAGGAGGGCAAGGACAGCGAGAUGGGCUACAUUGCCUGCCUCAGCCCGUUGAUCAAUAAACUCCUCACACAUGGGACUGCAGAGCAAGUGGGAGAAAUGCCCCUGAAGACCUCGUACUUCAUUGCCCAAGCUGAAUGUGAAACACAGGACUCCCAAGAGUUCAGUCCCUCCUGCUUCGAGCGCUCCUUUCUUCCCUCCCCGAACUGCUUCACCAGCAGUCUUCCCGCAGAGCACAACAAUGUGGCGUGCCCCACCACGGCCUGCGCCCAGGAGCCGAGCAGCUCAUCGGCACAGCUCAGCCCGAGGAAGAAGAACAGGAAGAGGCAGAAGCGCAAGGGCAAGAAAAAAGUGGAGAAGAAGAAGGAGAGGCAGCGGCACAGACACCGAAUGCCCUCCGGAGUCCCUGAACAGGAGAGUGGAAGUUCCCUGGUCCGGAUCCUGGAUGAGUCGUCUCUUGGGGGGAGAAGCGACCUGAGUACUUCUUGCUGUAGCAGCAUUGAAAGCUCAGAGGAGCAGGACAGAGGGCCGUCUGUCUACUGCCGACAGGUCUACAACACAGGCUCCAGCUGCUCGCCCCUCAACUGGGGGGACCCGGUCCGGGGAUCCCUCUCCAGCCUCCACUCCUACGGGCAGGACAGCGACUCCUCGGACUCCCUCAGCAGUCUGCAGGGAGACUGCUCGCUGGCUCUCGCGGGCCUCAGAGGCAGCGUCAGUCAGGGGGACCUGUGCUACGCAGGGCCCUUUUUUAAAGACGUGGAGAGGGACGUCAGGGAAGAGGAAGGGGAGCGCUCAGCAGCCGACUCCGUCAGCACUGAGGGUAUCAUCUUCUACAACGAGAAAAUCCAGCCUGUGGACUCUGAAUACAAGGAAGGGGGGGAGUACAUCCUCACACAGUUCAUCAAGGAGGGCUCCUAUGGUGAAGUACACAGCGCUCAAGAUGUCAACACAGGCUUCAAAUUCGCUGUCAAAAAGAUCGCCCUGAAGAGGUUCAGCAGCGAGGAGGUGGGUGCGUGGAGUGCCCUCAGAUCUCCUCGUGUGGUGGAACUCUUUGGAGUGGUCCGAGAGGGGCCGAACGUCGUCCUCAUCAUGGACCACAAAUCUGGCUCGCUGGGCCAGCUGAUAGCGGAGCGCGGCCGGCUGCCAGAGGACCUGAGUCUCCACUACCACUCGCAGGUCCUGACAGCACUGGAGUACCUACGGAGGAAAAAAGUGGUGCAUCUAGACAUUAAAGCUGACAAUGUGUUGCUGUCGGAGGACGGUGGAGACACCUUCCUAUGCGACUUUGGACACGCAGAGAGACUCGACAACCAGGGACAGAGCCUCAGCGGGUCCACCGAUCUGAAGGGCACAGAGAGCCACAUGGCCCCUGAGAUCGUGAAAGCGGAACCCCGCGGAGCCAAAGCAGAUGUGUGGAGCAGCUGCUGUAUGUUACUGCACAUGCUCAACGCGUGUCAACCGUGGACCAGAUACUACACCUGCAGACUUUACCUGAAGAUUGCUAACGAGCCGCCGCCACUGAGGGAGAUCCCACCCAGCUGCAACGCUCUCACAGCGGAGGUUAUCAAGGCGGGACUUGAGAAGGAUCCGGCCAAGAGAGCAUCAGCCUCUGAGCUCAAAGGAAAAACUGCCAGAGCUCUGAAAGAAGUGGGAGGACUCACCAGUCCAGUGAGGGGACCCUACACAGAGCCCUUUUAUAUUUCCAACAAACCUCCCGAUUCCCUGCAACGCAUCAACAGCAGCUUAAGCUACGAGGAUGAGCUUCAGGAGUCUGUUAAGGAAGUGAUCACAACAGGGAGCCGGGCGGAGGAGCUGGAGGAUGACGGCGAUGGAGAGGCCGACUGUAACGAGUCGAAGCGAGGCUCACUUUUCUGUCCACAGACGCUGAUCCCUGAGCCCAACUACAAAAGGGGCCACAAGAUCACCACCGUGCCUGAACUGGAGCUGCGUAAACUGGAGCGAGAUUUCUACCUGAGCAGUCUGUCCCAGCUCCACUCGGCUGAGAUGCAGGAGCAGCUCUUGUCGUGUCUCAGCAGCGACCCCAUUUCCACCUGGGAGCCGUGGGACAAAAAGGACUCUGGCCGCUGGUCUCUGAGUCCAGGAGACGAGUUGAGCUCCGGUGUCUUCUCCUACAACAGUCAGCCAGACGUGCAGGUCUCCAGUAUGGACUUGCAGCUCCCACCGCCCUGCUGUUUUGAAGGGGUGGACGUCUGCAUCAGAGACUUCAACAGGAGGAGCAUCCGCAUCAGGGAGACGCGCCGGGUGAAGGUGGGCCACAUCGCCACCGGAAUCAGUGAUCAGAUCACUGAGAGGGUUUUCACCCUGGAAACCCAGCAGGGCCAGCAGGUAGCUCACGAUGAGGAGGUGCAGGAGUCCGGUCUGGAGCUCAGCUGUGUUCCUGCUCCGGACUUCAGCUCCGUCUGGAGGUGGAGGAUCAGAGACGGAGUGCUGGAGACCAGAUAGAGACCACGACUCCCUCCCUCCAUCGGCCGCAGUGUCUCCGCAACCGUCCCACACAUGGCCUUCUGUAGAAUUGUUUCAAAUAUUUGCCUUAAAUUUGUCUCAAUGUGGGAGGACUGUGCUUUCAUCUGGGCCGAAAAUAAAUCCACCAGUACGUCCUCGGUCUUAAGCACACGUGUCCCCUGUUUUGAUUACAUAUUGGGGGCUGCUGUGUUGCCUUUUGUCUCUAACGUGCUCAUUAUUCAGUCACUGUACUGAGCUUGUUGGACCACUUUUAUGAAGCCGUUCUUAUUGCAUGUGUGCAUUUAGUCAAUAAACAGCAUUGGAAACUA